AUGCCGGUGCUCAAGGCGCCCUUAGAACUUGGAAACGGCCGUAUCCACGUCCUUGAGCUCUCUCCCGGCGUCACGGAAUCCACCGCCUUCGAUACAGCCGACGCAGUCUACGACGUCUGCUGGUCAGAACAAGCGCGUGAAGUCCCUCAAAACACGAUCGGAUCGUUGCAAGUCCCCUCCCCCAGGCGCCGUGAUAAUUUCCUAACCGCGUUGUGGGACGAUACGGUGAAGCUGUGGGCCAUGGAUCGUCCUGCACGCGGGUUUGGAACCCUAAGAAUGGAGGAGUUUGAUUGCUUCUUGCACUUAUGAUAAGAGUGUUUGUCUUUGGGAGUAUAUGGUGGAGGAUGCUUUGGUGGGGCGGUAUGAUCGUCAUACGGAGUUUAUGAGUGUUCUUGUGAUGGCGAGUACUGGUUGGGAUGAGCUUGUUUAUGUUUGGCAGCACUCAGCAGGGGAUGAUGGAUCCAAGAGCUGAGUUGAAACAAGUUUAAGUCUGUGAGUUUCCUUGGAAAAAUAAUGAAGUUGGGGAUCUCCAUGUAAUU